UCGCAUUUGAACCUUGGAAGUACUCACCCGCAGCGAAACAUUGCACGGAUUUGUUGAUCGGAGUGACAUCUGGUCUUUGAAGAGUCGAGACAUAGAUGCAGCUAUGGGCGGUGGACUGCGCACGCACUAUCCGGCCAUUUCCAGCUACCUUAACCUCGGCCCAGUUGGAUCAAGCGGCAGUUGAGCGACCCUGAAAGUUUCCCAUCAUAAGCAAAUCCUCCCCUUUCCUAUAACCUCAUUGCACACGAAUCAAUCUUGAGUUAAGGUCUCCUGUUCGCAAUGCGUUUGCCUUGAACGAUCAUUUCCUGUCUUAAUCUCUCGAACAAUCUCCUCCCAGUCGAACCUUGCCGUCGUUUCCAUUGUCAGCCACUCCCAUUCCACUAUGUCCUCAGAUCUCUUUCGCGUUUAUGAGCACAUCGUAGAUGCAUCUCAUAUCCGAGGCUUUCCCAGGACCACUUCAACAACCCAAAAUGAAGUCCUACAACUGUCAGUCAAGCAGUACACGCCGCAUGAGAACCCGAACCCCAAGCCAGGAGAUAUCACGGUGAUCGCUGCACAUGCAAACGGUUUCCCGAAGGAACUGUAUGAGCCGUUGUGGGACGAGCUGCUAAAGACAUCGAAGCAGCAGGGCUUCUCCAUCCGAGGCAUCUGGAUCGCUGAUGUCGUGCACCAAGGACGCAGCGGUGUUCUGAAUGAGCAUAAACUAGGAAACGAUCCGGCAUGGCUCGAUCACUCUCGGGAUCUACUCCAUGUGGUCAACACGUUCCGGAAACAGAUGCCACGCCCCAUCUUUGGUGUAGGCCACAGCAUGGGUGGGGCUCAACUUGCUCACCUCGCUAUUCUUCAUCCGCGACUCUUCGAAUCCUUGAUCCUCUUCGAUCCUGUCAUCCAACGUAUGGUGUCCGUGUCAGGCAAUAUAUCCCCCGCGUUGUCGUCUGCGAUGCGCCGCGAUAGGUGGCCAUCGCGCGAAGAUGCGGCCAAGUCCAUGAUGCGGAACCCUUUCUACCAGGCGUGGAAUCCCCGCGUCUUCGAGCGCUGGAUCCAGUACGGACUCAGAGACCUCCCUACCGCACUUUAUCCCGACUCAGCAGCCUCCCCCGGUCCGGUUCCUGCAGCCAUAUCUGCCGAGCCCACUUUGGCUCCCGCAGCAUCCAAGUCCAAGGAGGUCACUCUUACGACAACGAAGCAUCAGGAGGUCAUGACCUUCCUCAGGCCCAAUUUCCCGUAUCGCGAGGGCGACAAGGAGCCUUCCUCUGCAGAGUACACCGCUUCGAACCCAUCUAUCAACCGUAGAACGCAUCCGGAUCUCAGCGCUGGUCCUCUUCCCCAGGCCCCUUUCUACCGCGGCGAGUCUAUGAUGGUAUUCCAGCAACUACCGCAUCUACGACCGUCAGUCCUUUAUGUAUUCGGCUCUAAAUCCUUCCUGACCAUGCAUACGGAGAACAUUACUGAAAAGAUGGAGAAUACGGGCGUCGGCGUUGGGGGAAGCGGAGGCGCUAAAGAGGGUCGCGUCUCUCAGGUGAUGGUGCAAGAUGCCGGCCAUUUGAUCCCCAUGGAGAAGGUGGAGGAGAGCGCAUCCCAUGCUGCAAUGUGGAUUGGAAAGGAGAUGCAAAGAUGGCGGAUAAAUGAGAAGCUUACUGAAGAAGAGUGGGGUAAUCGGAAAGGAGUUGAGAGGUCGGUUCUUACUGAGAGGUUUCUUGAGGAGCUGAAGGAAACGGGCAAGAAAGGAUUGCCAGCCGUGAAGAAGGAAAGGGAUGCGAAGCUAUGAGGCCUCCAUGUUUUACAGGCUUACGUAGAUAGGCAUAGAUGAUAGACGGCAAGAUUAUGGAUAUAGCCAGAGGAAUCAUAUG